UUUAUAAAUUUCUCAUCCGUGAUGGAAGUUUGGUCAAUGUGUACAGUAAUUAUUUACCAUUAACUUUUAUUUGAUGGCACAUAGCUGUAGAAACGUGUAGUUAUGAAUAUCUACGGGCGUGUAUAUACUAUAUCCGAGAAGUAUGACCGGGAAAUCGGUUAACAUUUUUUAUAGGUAUUAAAGAUUUAAAGUGAGAGGGAAUGCCUGAUAGUGUUCAGCUGUGUAAAGCUGGUUAAACAAGUUCGUUAUCUAGGAUUAUAACUAGGAACAAAAAACGCAAGCAAUCGAGUAUCACCACUGAAGCAUGAAGAUUUCUAAUCAAGAUUAUUUGAUAUAGCUCCACGACAUGCAAACAAAAGACGUGAUGCCGAGCAUAAGAAUUAAUUCGUAGCACUUCAUUACUUUCUAAGGUAUCGGCUAGUGAACAAAUGCGAACCCUUAGCAGUGUGUAAUUGAAGUACAAGGAUGGAUAAGAAAUGUCAAUUUUCGAGGAAAAUAAGUGACACGUUCACUGAUUUGUGUCACAAUUAGUCAGCAAGUGACACACGAUAUAGGUUACCGUAUGAUAACUUGUUAAAGUGGUUUGCGUAUCUACUUCAAAAUGCGGCUUAAUAAAUUUCGCCGGAAACUUAGGUUUUUAGUAUGGAUAAUGUUUAUAUUCCUCGUGCCUUAUAUGUACAUACAGCUCACGUUUCCCGUACAUUAUGUAUUUAAACAUUCUGAUAUAAAUGGUGCAUGUAUUAUUCCAAAACUAGAUCCAUUUGAUCCGUCAAUUCUUAAGUUUGUAUGGGAUCCGAAACCACUUGUCUGUGAUUCUACUCCGUCCAUACUUUAUACAGAUCACAGUGGAGCCGUGCAAUUUAAUCAAAGUGCUCUUAAACUUUUGCACGUGUCAGACACACGUGUCCUUUGUAAAUACCGAUAUUUGAUACGUUCCAGCGACGAUGUUACUGUUUCAUUCUCAGAAUUUGUCGACUUCAGACCUCCCCUACAAAUGAAAUCUGACUUUUCUCACAUAAUAUGCCAGGAGGUUGAUAAAGGUGUUAUAUUUGAUCAGUUGGUGAGUGGAAUCAACCCGGCAUCAUUGACAAGUACGUCGAAGGUGCAAGAUGAGUCGCCGGAACAGUUAAGUGUACUAAUGUUUGGGCUAGACUCUGUAUCUAGAUCGGCAGCUAUAAGAAAGAUGCCGAAGACAUUGCAGUACUUAAACGAACAGCUCAAGACGUAUGAUUUCAAAGGAUAUAUGAAGGUUGGAGAAAACACACUGCCAAAUCUGGUUCCGCUUUUAACUGGUCUUCGUGUAUGGUCAAAUGAAGUACCAAUAAAGAAUUACCUCACUGAAAGUUUUGAUCCGCUUCCGUUUCUUUGGAGAAACUUUUCCGAACGAGGCUAUGCAACUGCUUUUGCCGAAGACAUGCCGAAUUUCGGCACUUUCACAUAUUAUGCAGGAGGAUUCCGAAAACAGCCGACUGAUCACUAUUUUAGACCAUUCUGGCUGGGCGUGAAUGAGUUAGAACAAGUGAAAAGCAAAUUGAGUCCAGUGUUCUUGUAUUUAGAGAAUAAAAAUGUCAAGAUUCAGAAGUCAUCAUCUUUGUGUUAUAAGGAUAAAACUAAACAUACUGUACAAAUUGACUAUCUAAAACAGUUCAUUACAGCAUAUAAAGGGAAAAGAAAGUUCAUGUUUUCAUUUUUAGGAGAACUUAGUCACGAGUAUCCCAAUCUGCUUGCCAACGGUGAUGAUGAUUUUUUAGAUUUUUUCAAAUGGCUUAAAAGUGGAGGUCAUUUAGAGAACUCUGUUUUGAUAUUCUUUAGUGACCACGGUGCUAGGAUAGACGAAAUAAGAAACACUUUUGUGGGUCGAAUAGAGGUCAGGAUGCCACUUAUGCAUAUCUAUAUUCCAGAACACAUAAAAUCGAAAUAUCGUUUAUUGAAUGAAAGUUUAGUGACUAAUACAGAAAGAUUAUCGGUGCCUUUUGAUGUUCACCAGAUGAUAGUAGACGUGAUGACGAAAAAUUUCGAAAAUCCAUCAAAGUCUUACAUGGAAGGUCGUGUAAGAGGACACAGUUUAUUUCAUCCACUUCCACCGGAAAGAUCGUGUAGGGACGCAUGGUUCCUGUCAAUUAUUGUGCCUGCUAUACAUCUUCUCCGAUCAAUAUUUCAAACAGUGCCACUGCAAAUUCCGGCACAGACAAUACUGGUAUAUCAUUUUUCCAGUUUUUUCGAGCCAGAGAAAGACAAGAAACGUUAUGAUAUUUCUGUAGUUACAGUUCCUGGUUACGGAAUAUUUGAGGGAUCGUACCUGGUGGAAUCGGAGUCGAACAUAAACCUUUUAGGAGCAAUUGUAAGGGUUAACAGGUAUGGUGAUCAGCCCUGUACUUUCUAACAAACAGAUUCGACCUUUGUGUUAUUGUAACAAACAGCAUUGAAUACAUUAACCAAGUUUUUAUACAUGUAUAUAUGAGCCGUGCCAU